GCGGCGCGGCGGCGGUGGGGCGGCAGCACCAUGGAGAGCUGCCGGGCGCUGGCGCUCUGCGCCGUGGCGGCCGCGCUGCUGCUGGGCGCCCGCGGGCAGGGGCCGACCCCGCCGCGCCGCGCCCGGGACCUGGGGCUGCCCGGCGGCGGCGGCGGCGCCUCCCGGGAGAAGGAGCUGAUUGAGGCGCUGCAGGAGGUGCUGGAGAAGCUGAAGAGCAAGCGGGUCCCGCACUACGAGAAGAAGUUCGGGCAGGUGCCCAUGUGCGAUGCCGGGGAGCAGUGCGCCGUGAGGAAGGGGGCCCGUAUCGGGAAGCUCUGCGACUGCCCCCGGGGGACUUCGUGCAAUUCCUUCCUCCUCAAGUGCCUGUAAGCGAGACCGCCCCGGGACACGCCGCCGGGAGCGCAGGCACCGAUGUCUCCCCGCCCCGACGUGCCGGCUCGGGGCUGCGGUGGCGACUUCUCGCGCCUCGUCCGGCCGAUAAACGCAGCGAGAAGACCCCCGCAUCGCCCGUGUAACGCCGUCCGUGACAUCCGACAUCCGUGGAGCUGUUUUGUUUCUCUCCCUUCCGCCUCUCCCCCUCCCUCCCCUCCUUCUCUGUUUGAUUUUGUCCGUCCAGGAAAAACCCAGCCCGUGCCUUGCCAAGUAGAGGUGCCGAUUGCAGCGUUGUACCGGUGCGGAACCGAGCCGUGCCCGGGAGCGGGGCUGGCCCCGUGCCGUGCCCCAGGGUGCCCGGCUCCUUCCCGACGCGGGAACCAUCCGUGCGCUGCCGGCCGGAGGCGCCGGCGCAAGGGGAUCCUCUGGGUGGUUGUGAGGGUGGGGGGUCGCGGCAGAUGUGUUCCAAGCACCCUGACCCCCUUCUUCUUGCCCCGCAGCUGAGAGGGCCCAACUCGGCACAGCCCAGAGGGAGCGGUGCGCAGCCGGCGGCGGCUUUCAGUCGCACCACUGGCUUCAGGCCGAGUCCAACUGUGCUCACCCCACGCUGGAAAAGUCCUGCAUGAGAUACGGGGGGGCGUUCAGGGGUCUGGCACUAGCCUGGCUAGGGGGGAGCUGGGGGAAAUUGGUUGCUUUACCAGAGCCACCACGGAGAGAAAGCUGUCUGGAUCCGUUGCAAACUACCAGGGGAUAUCCUAGUCACCUACACCAAAUUGCUCACGUUUCUACAAUGAACUGAUGUACAUAAGUAUGUCCAUCCUCCACAGGGACACUGUGUGUUUCAGCAAACUCAUAACAUGUUUUAAUCCUUUGUUUGUCUCUGUUAAUAAAGUCACUGUUCUGAUGA